GGUCAAGCAAGGUCGAAAGUUAUAGAGUCUGGAUUGAAGCCUGCAUCCUCUGACCCCAGACUCCCCAGCUCUCUCCACUACACCACCAGGGUCUCUAUUCAGUUCAGCAGUAAUGCAGGCAGUGUGGUCCAAUGGAAAGAGCACAGAGUCUAGGGUCAGGAGAUCUGGGGUCAAACUCCAGGCAUGCCAAGAUCAUUUCAGUUUCUUGGGGUAUCAAGGAAAGGCAUCACGGUGUCAUGGCGUCAGAGGUCCUGAGUUAGAAUCCUGUCUGUUAUUUACUGCCUAUGUGACUUUGUGCAAGUCACCCCCUGUCUGUGCCUCAGUUUCCUUAACUGUGAUAUUAGAAAGUUCAAGUAGGUGAUUUCAGCUCUAAAUUGGUUUAAAAAAUGAUGAAACCCAGACUCAGAGAGUUAUGGCACACGCACGCUCACACGGUGGCAGAGAUGGAAUUUGCACUUGGGUGUUGCUGCUCCCAGCUCUACCACUUUCCACUACAGCACAUCGAUAAGAUAAGAGGAGGGGCCGUGAGAGGUCCUCCAGACCAGCUGGGCUCUAGAGUUGCCCCACCACCACCCACACUGUUUCUUCCUGGGGAGCAAGGUCCCAGACACUAGAAAUUCCCUGAGAACACCUCACACUCUUGGACCACUCCCGCUGAUGAGGGAUGCAUCCUGAAGGGCUGAAGCAGCAGGGGGGCGUGUGUGUGCACGCCUACGGUGCUUUGGCCAUGACAGAAGGUGGGUGGGAGCUCAUGCCCCCUCGCUUCCCACCCCAGAAGGAGGGGGUCUGGCGGUCUAGCUUUCCCCCAGGAAGAGAUGGCAGAUCGGGUAUUGAUUGGCCCUGUCUGCCCAUGCUCCGAGCCCCUGCAUCAUACUGCAGUAUUCAUCAGACCUGAGCAGUUGCUGUCCCCAGUCCUGGAGAGGAGCCUGGACCAGGGUUUGACAGGGGAGGGAUCCCGGGCCUUGCUGAGCUCAGGCCAGGGGGAGCUGGCGCCUCAGAUCGAUGGGCAGACGUGGGCAGAGCGGGCACUGAGGGAGAAUGAACGCCAUGCCUUCACCUGCCAAGUGGAAGGUGGGCAUGACCCUCCGAGGCUGGCCUGGUACCUGGAUGGACAAUUGCAGGAGGCCAACACGUCGAGGCUGUUGAGUGUGGGUGGGGAGGCCUUCACAGGCAGCACUAGCACUUUUACGAUCACCGCUCAGAGGGCUCAACAUGAGCUGAACUGCUCCUUGCAGGAUCCAGACACCAGGAGGGUGGCCAAUGCCUCGGUCAUCCUUAAUGUGCAGUUCAAACCAGAGAUUGCCCAGGUUGGAGCCAAGUACCAAGAAGCCCAGGGCCCAGGGCUCUUGGUUGUCCUGUUUGCCCUGGUGCGGGCCAACCCACCUGCCAAUGUCACAUGGAUUGACCGGGAUGGACCUGUGACUGUCAACACUUCUGAUUUCCUGGUGCUGGAUGCUCAGAGCUACCCGUGGCUCACCAACCAUACUGUGCAACUACAGCUCCACAGCCAGGCCCAGAACCUCUCUGUGGUGGCCGCCAAUGGCGUGGGUGUCACUAGUUCUUCCCUCCCAGCCCCAGGGCUCCUGGCCACCCAGGUGGAAGUGCCGAUGCUGGGUAUUGUUGUGGCUGGAGCCCUUGGUCUGGGCACUCUGGUGGGCUUCAGCACUCUGGUGGCCUGCCUGGUCUGCAGGAAGGACAAAAAGACUACAGGCACCUCUCGGCGCCCAUCUCUCCUCUCCAGUGACUCCAACAAUCUGAAACUCAACAAUGUGCGACUGCCCCGGGAAAACAUGUCCCUCCCUUCCAACCUGCAACUCAAUGAUCUCACUCCGAACGCCAGAGCCAAACCAACUGAUGGACAGAUACCACAGAACACCAAGAGGCCUGACAUCCUGGACCCUGAGAAUGGUGUCCUUUUCACGAGCCAAGGUUUUGUACAUCUUCCGAUGCUGGGCUACAUCUAUCGGGCAUCCAGUAUGAGCAGUGAUGAGAUUUGGCUGUGAGCAAGAGGGCAGGGUAGAGGGAAGUCCUUUUGUUCUUCUGGGGGCCCUUUGCUCCUCUCCUGGGCCUGCCCUUACCUUCCUGGCUGGGGAGGUAAUUUUGUUAUCCAUAUGAGUUUGACUGGUAUCACUGGGACCUCAAAUUGCAAUCAGACUCUCUUAGGCAUGGGGUUGAGGCUGCCCCUGAGAACUGGUCACUUCAUUUUAACUCAGGUUGGUUUUGAGGCUUGGGUAAUGAUGUAACAAUUACCCAAGCUGAAUGCAGCUGUGCUGAAAUAGCAUGUAACUGCCAGGAGAGGACAUGGCAUUUCUUGACAUCUCAAAACCAUAACCCUGCUCUUCUUUAGCACUUUAUACAAUGGAUAUGGGGAGCAUGCCAAGCGGGGUGGAUAGGGAGAAUGCUGCAUGCCCUGGGCACUGUUCUUUGCUCCUCUUUUAACUAUCUAUGCCUCACUUCUUUCAGGCAGAAAUCAAACUGUCCCUUCCUUGUGUGCCAGCCCUGGCACAUUGGCAUGGGCUAAGCUAAGCACAACCUUUUCCUUUUGGCUGAAAGCCUCCCUGCCUGCCUCUGCUUCCUCAUGGGUACUACAUAUAGCGAUGGGGUGGGUGUGGGAGAUGGGCUUUCCUCACCUCCUUGAUGGACCCAAAGCAUCUUUGCUGUGAGCAAUGUUAGUUCUGGGCAUCAGCAAAAGUUAGGCAGAAAAGGAGGGAAGGAGACCUAGUAACGCCCUCCAAAGGGCAUGAAGCUAUGCACCUGUCCUUGCAAUGUCAGCACUUUAAGAAUGUCCCAUAGGGGAGGGGGCAUGACUAAGAGCCCAAGGGCUUCUGCUUUGUCUCUGAUGUUUCUCCUACAUUUGAGGCUUUCUAGAGAUUCACUGUGAGUGCCCUAGGCCCAACAGGCCUAGGGUUUCCCCUGUCAAAACUGUGCUCUGCCUCUUCUUCUUCUCCUCAUGUUCUACUUACUCCACUCCCACCUCCUCCAACCCUCCAGCCCUGAUUUGUGUGGUAUCCAUCCUUUGGCAGCAAUAAACCAAGGUCAUCAUGUCCCAUGAAGCUGCCAUUUUUUUCCAAAGGAAAUUCUUUCCAGAGAGGGAUGGCCAUGGCUAAAAGAAAUCAUUCCGUCAGUCAGUAGCAUUAGUGAUAUGCCCAGGGUCCUUGGGGGUGCAUUGGCAGCCUGGGGAGGGGGAAAAGAGACACAAUGGACACAGAGGAUACAAUAUAGUUCUUGCCCACAGGAAAUAUAUAAUCCUUUAGUGGAGAAGUCUGACUCAGAGUUGUAUGCAGGAAUCUUACUCUAAUGAAUCUACCAAAAUAAUUAUAGAGCUGACAAAGUGGCACUGACCUGUUUUCACAGAAUCAGAAUUUGAGAGUUGUAAGAGACCUCAACAGCUGUUGAGAUAGUCAUCUAGUUCAGCCCGUCCAGGAAAGGAAUCACCAUUAUUACAUACCCAACAAGUGGUUGCCCACUUUUCUGCAAAUUUUAUAAUUUAAAAAAUGGUGGCUGUUGCUUCGUGGGUGUUAUGCUGUCCCUGACUGGCUUGAUGAGGUUUAGCCCAACCAAGAAUAAAUGGCAGACAUAGGAAUUUGCCAAAGACAAAACCUGUCCUCCUUCUUCCCCUUCCAUCCACUGAUUCCCCAUAAGAAGGUGAUCCAGAACAGCAAUCUAAGCAUAAAAGAGAGACCACCACUGAUUCUUAUACUGCUGCUUAGUGUCUUCUUGGGCAUUAAGGGAUGCCUGGAUGUCCACUCCUAGGGCAAUGCCCCCAAAUGCCUCAAGAUCCUAGGCAGCAUGAAUAUUUACACAACAGCAAGAUGAUUUAAGAACACUUAAAAAGCAACCUACAAGUGACGGGAAGUUAAGAUAGUACAGAAUGUAUUUUUUAAUAUUUCGUAAAAAUCUGUCAUAUUAUUGCUUAGCACCAUGUUGAAUACAUAGCAAGUGCUCAAUAAAAGGAUUGACUUCA